UCACAGCAUCUCCCAACAGCUUCCUGGGACCAUCCGCCAUCCCGUUAAUGACCGGGAGCCGUGGAAAUACAUCGACCUCCGUUAUCUCGCAACCAUGGCCGACGUUCCAGCGAUAAUAAACAUCGCGAUUUCUUUGAAAAUCCAACCCAAUGACGGACCCGUGUUUUAUAAAGUGGACGGGACGAGGUUCGGUCAGAGCAGGACAAUCAAAUUGCUAACAGGAUCGAAAUACAAAAUCGAGGUGAUCGUGAAGCCGGGUAGCGCGGAGGCCACCACAAUGGGAAUCGGCGGAAAGAGCUUCCCUUUGGAGCAGCAGUCCAGAGAUGAGGAGCAGAUCGUCUACAAUGGCACCUACGACACUGAGGGAGUGCCACACACCAAGAGCGGGGACAGACAACCUGUGCAGGUCUUCAUAGAGUUCAAAGAUGCAGGCACAUUUGAAACAGUAUGGCAAGUGAAAUACUACAACUACUACAAGAGAGAACACUGCCAGUUCGGCAACAGCUUCAAUUGCAUCGAGUACGAGGCCAAGCCCAACGAGACCCGCAGCCUCAUGUGGAUAAACAAAGAGGUUUUCCUGUAAAACACGAGCGGAGCAGCAGCAGCAGCAGCAGCAAACCUGCGCAAUAUGUCCUGUAACCAUCAUGGGGCCGCUGUGUGCGAGAUAGAUGACUGCAAAAUGCUCAAGUGAAAUAAGAUGUGACUAUUAAAGGCUCCAAACAAGCGAUCCAUCAGGGUAUCUGUUCACCAGUCAAGCACUGCAUCCACUGGUCAUGCACAAUCUGAACGUUUCAGUCUGAACAGAGUUGGUGAAACUCUGAAAAAAAUUGAGAUAUUAUC